AUGGAAGGUGAAUGUGGGUCAAGCAUCCUCUGCCGUUAUAGUUGGGGCUUCCAUUCUAGCUCCAACUAGAUGUCACCCAGCCAUCUGUUCUACCUUUCUUAAGCAGAUUUUUCUGGACCUAUAUACGCAGUUGGAUUGUAUCCACGGCUCUGCUGAGCCUCUCAUGAGACUCUCGACUCUUCCGAUUCUCAAAUCAUGAAGAGGUCACAGUUCCGAACACCAGACUGUGGUCAUUUUGACUUCCCAGCAUGCCCUAGGAACCUCAACCCUGUGUGCGGAACGGAUAUGAACACUUACAGCAAUGAAUGUACCCUGUGCAUGAAAAUCAGGGAGGACGGUAGCCAUAUUAAUAUCAUCAAAGACGAGCCAUGCUGAUGGGCAGCUUGCAGAAGAGCAGACGGAGAACUCCUCUCCUCCGGUGCUCCCUGCUCGAAUCCCACCCCAUUUUCUUUUCCCCCCAUUUCUUUGCAUGAUACUUGUUCACAGAACUUCUCUGGGUAGAGGCUGGAAGACAGUGAUGUAAAGCGGUUUAUAAACUUAAAACUCUUGUUCUGGGCUUCCGGCCUACAAUUCAGUUUAGUUCAACUUAUGACCCAGGCGACUUUUGCAUCGCUUUAUUUCAUUGGAAUAAAAUGAGCAUUGAAUUCAG